AUGAACAGACAAGUCUGCAAGAAAUCCUUCAGCGGCGGGAGCCAGGGAUUCUCCGGACGCUCUGCUGUGGUCUCCAGCGGUAGCAGCAGGAUGAGCUGUGUGGCCCGUUCAAGGGGAGCCAGUGGAGGAGCCUGUGGGUUCCGGAGCGGGGCAGGUGGCUUUGGCAGUCGCAGCCUCUACAACCUGGGGGGCAACAAGAGCAUCUCCAUCAGUGUGGCUGGUGGUUCCCGGACUGGUGGCUUUGGGGGAGGGCGUAGCAGCUGUGGCAGUGGCUUUGGAGGUGGCUAUGGAGGUGGCUUUGGUGGUGGCAGAGGAAUGGGAGGUGGCUUUGGAGGGGCUGGUGGCUUUGGAGGGGCUGGUGGCUUUGGAGGAGCUGGUGGCUUUGGAGGGGCUGGUGGUUUUGGAGGGGCUGGUGGUUUUGGAGGGGCUGGUGGUUUUGGAGGGGUCGGUGGCUUUGGUGGGCCUGGUGGCUUUGGUGGUCCUGGUGGUUUUGGUGGGCCUGGUGGCUUUCCUGGGGGAAUCCAGGAAGUGACUAUCAACCAGAGCCUUCUGCAGCCCCUCAAUGUGGAGAUCGACCCUCAGAUUGGGCAGGUCAAGGCCCAGGAGCGGGAGCAGAUCAAGACUCUCAACAACAAGUUUGCCUCCUUUAUCGACAAGGUACGGUUCCUGGAGCAACAGAACAAGGUCCUGGAGACCAAGUGGAACCUGCUCCAACAGCAGGGCACCAAUUCCAUCACAGGCACCAACAACCUUGAACCCCUUUUUGAGAAUUAUAUCAGCUCCCUGCGAAGCUACCUGGACAGCAUCCUGGGAGAGAGAGGCCGCCUGGACUCAGAGCUAAGGAACAUGCAGGACCUGGUGGAGGACUUCAAGAAGAAAUAUGAGGAUGAAAUCAAUAAGCGUACAGCUGCUGAGAAUGAAUUUGUGACCCUAAAGAAGGAUGUGGAUGCCACCUACAUGAACAAGGUAGAGCUUCAGGCCAAGGUGGAUGCCUUAAUGGAUGAGAUCAACUUCCUAAGGACCCUCUAUGAUAUGGAGCUGUCCCAGAUGCAGAGCCACGUCAGUGACACUUCUGUGGUUCUGUCCAUGGACAACAACCGCUGCCUGGAUCUGGAAAGCAUCAUUGCUGAAGUCAAGGCCCAGUAUGAGGAGAUUGCCCAGAGGAGCAAGGCCGAGGCUGAGGCCCUGUACCAGACCAAGUUGGGAGAGCUGCAGACCACAGCGGGCAGACACGGGGAUGACCUGAAGAGCACCAAGAGUGAGAUCAUGGAGCUCAACAGGAUGAUCCAGAGGCUGCGGGCCGAGAUUGAGAACGUCAAGAAGCAGAAUGCCAACCUUCAGGCAGCAAUCUCAGAAGCUGAGCAGCGUGGGGAAAUGGCUCUCAAGGAUGCCAAUGCCAAGCUUCAAGAGCUGCAGGCUGCCCUACAGCAGGCCAAGGAUGACCUGGCCCGGCUGCUGCGUGACUACCAGGAGUUGAUGAAUGUCAAGCUGGCCCUGGACGUGGAGAUUGCCACCUACCGCAAGCUGCUAGAAGGCGAGGAGAGCAGGAUGUCUGGAGAAUGCCAGAAUGCUGUCAGCAUCUGUAAGUAG